AUGGCAAAAAAUCAACAAAUUAAACAAGACAAUGUAUUGGAACCUACUCAAGUGAAACCAGCAAGUACUAUCGAUGAUAUUGAAGAAGAUGAGGAUGAAGAAGAAGAUGAAGAUUAUGAUCCAACUAAGAAAAAUGAAGAUGAAGAAGAUUUAAUAAGUGAAGAUGAAGAAGAAGAACAACAAGCACCAAAAGUAGAUUAUUCUAAAAUUGAAUCAAAUAUAUCACAAGUUAAAACAAGAUCUCAAAAACUACAUGAAAAAGAAGUUAAGAAAUCAAAAUUUAUUGGUAAAUUUGAGGUUGGAUCGAAUGGAUUAGUUAAAAAUACAAGUUCAAUUGAUAUUGAUUCUAUAUUUGAUGAUUUAAAAGAAAAUAAAAUACGGAAAGAUGAAGAAGAACAAAUUGAUGCACAAAUGUUGGAAGAAUUAAACAGUAAUAAACUACUGAACAACAAAUCCAUUCCCCAACCAGAAACAAAACAAAGUGAAGAAUUAAUAUCAUCAACUGGUAUAAAACAAAUAAAAAUUCAAAUAAAUUAUACAUUUGCAGGCAAAUUAAUAACAGAAUCAAAAUUAGUUGAUGAAAAUUCAGAAGAAGCAAAAGCAUAUUUAAAUUCAACAAAUGAUAUAACUUCAUCAACAAAUCAAUCAAAAUACAGAUCAGAAGUUCCUAUAACCAGAAAAGAUCCAAUAACUCAAAAAAAUAUAAAUCUUCGAAUUAAAUUAAAAAGACCAUCAUUAAUAAAUAAAUUUUUAAAUAUAAAUUCUAAAAAGGGUUUAAAAUUAUCAACUUUAGAAAAAUCAAGAUUAGAUUGGGCUAGUUUUUUAGAUAAACGUAAAAUUGGUGAUGAUUUAAAAAAAUAUAAUCUUGGAUCUGGUUAUUUAGAUAAACAAGAUUUUUUAAAUAGAAUGGAACUGAAAAAAGAUGAAAUUUAUCAAAAGGCUAAAGAUGAUGAUAAAAGAAGGCAAUUUCAAUUACAAGGUAAAUAA